AUGGAAACGUCGCCCCAGCUCAGGCUAAUCAUCGCCGUAUUCAUUUCUUCUCUCAUCGCAUUCCGAUCGUACAAGCGGAAGUCGCUUGACGUCUCCGGCGGAGUUGCUGGAUUCCUCGUUAUGACCAUCCAUUUCACCGCCGGUUUCAGGUACGGAGCUCUGUUGCUUGUAUUCUUUCUCACUUCCUCGAAGCUUACGAAAGUUGGCGAAGAUAAAAAACGACGCGUUGAUGUUGAGUUCAAGGAAGGUGGACAAAGAAACUGGAUACAAGUGCUGUGCAAUGGUGGAAUUGCAUCGGUUCUAGUUGUAAUUGCUUGUACGUUAACGGGUUGGCAAGACAAGUGCUUGGACUCGAAGCAGUCAGAAACUGUAACAGCUCUUAUCGGUGGGAUCAUUGGUCAUUACGCUUGCUGUAAUGGAGACACGUGGUCCUCGGAGCUUGGGGUUCUAAGUGAUUCUCAGCCUCGACUGAUCACAACGCUGAAGCCGGUGAAAAAGGGCACGAACGGUGGAGUUACAAAGACAGGACUCUUAGCUGCUGUUGCAGCCGGCGCCACUGUUGGAGUAACUUUUCUUGUGUUCGGACUCUUUACUGCAAGAUGUGCGAAUGAUGUGGCACUCAAGCAACUAUCGGUGAUUCCACUCGCUUCACUAGCUGGAUUAUGUGGGAGCCUCAUCGAUUCUGUGCUAGGAGCAACCAUUCAAUUCAGUGGCUUCUGUUCUGUCCGGAACAAGGUUGUAGGGAAACCGGGCCCGACCGUAAAGAAGAUAUCAGGUGUGGACAUUCUCGACAACAAUGGUGUCAACUUUGUCUCCAUACUCUUGACUUCAAUUCUGACUUCCAUUGCUUCUAUGUACAUUUUCUGA